CUAUGACUUGGAAUGACACCACUAUGGACGGGGAAGGGUUGCUGGUGGAAAGGGACUCUUCCUUUCGGAUCCUCACGGGCUGCUUCCUCUCACUGCUGAUCCUCUCCACGCUGCUGGGAAACACACUGGUCUGUGCAGCUGUCAUUAGGUUUCGCCACCUCAGGUCCAAGGUGACCAACUUCUUUGUCAUCUCCUUGGCUGUGUCAGAUCUCUUGGUGGCAGUUCUGGUCAUGCCAUGGAAAGCUGUGGCUGAGAUUGCUGGUUUCUGGCCUUUUGGUUCCUUUUGCAACAUCUGGGUGGCCUUUGACAUUAUGUGCUCAACAGCCUCCAUCUUAAAUCUCUGUGUCAUUAGUGUGGACCGAUACUGGGCCAUCUCCAGCCCGUUUAGGUACGAGAGGAAAAUGACCCCCAAGGCAGCUUUCAUCCUGAUCAGUGUGGCAUGGACUUUGUCCGUGUUAAUUUCCUUCAUCCCUGUGCAGCUGAACUGGCACAAGGCUACAACCACAAGCUUUUUGGACCUCAAUGCCAGCUUACAAGGGAUAAGCACGGACAACUGUGAUUCUAGCCUAAACAGGAUGUAUGCCAUCUCCUCCUCCCUCAUCAGCUUCUAUAUACCUGUGGCCAUCAUGAUAGUAACGUACACGCGGAUAUACCGGAUUGCUCAGAAGCAAAUACGACGCAUCUCAGCUUUGGAGAGAGCAGCAGUGCAUGCCAAGAACUGCCAGAACACGAGUGGCAACAGAAGCAGUAUGGACUGCCAGCAACCAGAAAGCAACUUCAAAAUGUCCUUCAAGAGGGAAACAAAGGUUUUAAAGACUUUGUCAGUGAUCAUGGGGGUGUUUGUGUGCUGCUGGUUGCCAUUCUUUGUGUUGAACUGCAUGAUUCCCUUCUGCGAGCCUACCCAACCGUCCAAGGGUGCAGAAGCUUUCUGCAUUAACUCUACCACCUUUGAUGUUUUUGUUUGGUUUGGGUGGGCUAAUUCUUCCCUCAACCCCAUAAUUUAUGCCUUCAAUGCUGAUUUCCGCAAGGCUUUUUCAACCCUGCUGGGAUGCUACAGGCUCUGCCCUAUUGCAGGCAAUGCCAUAGAGACUGUUAGUAUUAACAACAAUGGAGCAGUUGUUUUUUCGAGCCAACACGAGGCCAAAGGGUCCAGUCCCAAAGAGUCUAAUCUGGUUUAUCUGAUUCCACAUGCAAUUAUCUGUCCGGAAGAAGAACCUCUCAAAAAGGAAGAAGAGAGUGAACUAUCUAAGACCUUGGAGAAUAUGUCUCCAGCAUUGUCAGGUAUCUUGGAUUAUGAAGCUGAUGUUUCUUUGGAAAAGAUCAAUCCCAUUACACAAAAUGGGCAACAUAAAACCUGAGCAGCAAGGUUUACCCAGCAAGACCUAAUAAUGUC